AUGGCUUCAUCGACUCGUUGCUGUCUUGCCAUCGUCAUUGUAGCCGUCGUGUGGCCGUGUGCGACGAUGGCGCGCGCCACCGCCGACGAGCUCGACCGCAAACUCGGGCCCGGAAUGAAGCACGUCUCGUGUCAGGUGCGCGUCACCGGCCACUAUAUGAAACGCCACUGCGUCAGACACUUCAACACCGGCCUACGAUGCGAUUUGCAAGCUGACGAGCGUCGAAAAGUUCGACGAGUGGCAAAGAUGUGUUGCGACGACGCGCCGAGCUGCGAGCCGGCGAUGCUCUUCGACGAGUUCUGCUGUAAGCCGGGAGACGACUGCUCGGCGCAAUCCGACUGCCAACCGUGGGACAAUGCUGUCGAGGAGAUCGAGCUCGCCAAUCUCAUCUUCGCCUCGGACGAGACGUUCGACAUGAUUCAGGAUCGCAUUCUCGACAAGCUCGAUGACGGCGUCGUGCCGAGCUACUGGCCAGAAGCUUUGGAGAUCUACAAAGCGAAUCCUGACAUGAUCGACAAGAACGAGGUGCUCAUUCGCAAAUACUUUCGAUCGCAUCGACUCCAGGUCGCCCAUAUCGCAAAAUCGCUCAAGAUCAUCGAUGAGCACCACGCGUUGAACUUGUAA